GUGUACAAGGUUUUAUUUUAUCUGCACUCCACAGAGCUAACCUUUCUACUCCUGACACUUAUCCCCAAAGUCCUGGGGGACCUAUGCUCGGGUCUGCAGUCCGCCGUACUUUCACAUCCGCUCUCCUGUAAGAAGUACAUUAUAUGCGAACAGGAACAGCUUUCAGAGCACACGUGUCCUGGGGACUUGUACUUUGACGUCAUAAUCAGGAGUUGCAUUCUACAUUCACUGGCACAUUGCGGUCCAAUAUUGUUACCGACAACUUUGUCAACUCCUUUGCCAUACAUAUCUACUAAAUCUACGGUCUCUAGUCAAACUACUAAAGUUGAAUCUUUGCCUCCACUACCUACGGAGCCGAUACCUUCAACGUCAUGGGAAACUUUACCACCAAUAGGAUCCGAUAGUACUCCUACAGAACCAAGUUCUUUGCCCACAAUUCUUACUUCUCCUAGUUCUUCCCAAACAACAUAUACCACAGAUCAUAUAACAUCUGAAAUGACUUCAUGGCCAACAUUCUCAACUACUUCUUAUGUAUCAGAAUCUUCAACUGCUAGUGAAACGACUGUUCCCUAUACUACUGACAUCUCAAGUUCGACAGAACCAACAUCCACACCAGUUUCAACUGCAUUUGGUACUGGUUCUACUUCAAAUACCCAAACAGACACAACACUAACUUCAUCAAGCGAUAUUACAGUGUCAUCGAUGCAGACUACUCAAGAAAGUUCUUCAAGUUCAACACUUCUUCCAAUCAGUUCUAGUGGUACGACUGUCCCAACAAGCUUUUCAACUGAAAAUGGUCCAUCGAUCUCCACUACCUCUACACCCACAUCAAGUUCAUCUAUAACAUCAGAUAUUGUAACGAGUACUGGAUCUGUUGUAACAUCUGAAUUGACAUCUUCAUCACCGAUUUCUACAUCCUCAGAUAUUAUAACAAGCACUGAAUCUCAUGAGACAUCUGAAUCAAGUACAUUGUCGCCAUUUUCUACAUCUUCAAAUAUCGUGACAAGCACUGAAUCAGUUGUAACAUCUGAAUCGACAGAUUUUACUUUACCACCGAUUACAACUUCUGAUAUUAUAACAAGUUCUGAAUCCCAUGGGACAUCUGAAUCGUCUUGGUCUUUGUCAACAAUUUCUACGUCACCGAAUAUUGUAACAUCUGAAUCAACUGCAUAUACUUUACCGCCAAUUUCUACUUCCUCUGUCAUUGUAACCAGUUCUGAAUCUCAUGAGACAUCUGAAUCCACGUCAUCUUUGUCACCAAUUUCUACGUCACCAAAUAUUGUAACAUCAGAACCUACAGAUUUUACUUUACCGCCUAUUUCUACAUCAUCCUAUAUUGUAACAAGCACUGAAUCUCAUGAGACAUCUGAAUUGUCAUCUUUGUCACCAAUUUCUACAUCUUCUAAUAUUGUAACAUCUGAAUCGACUGCGUAUACUUUGCCACCAAUUUCUACUUCUUCUGAUAUUGUAACAAGUUCUGAAUCUCAUGAGACGUCCGAAUCGUCAUCUUUGUCACCAAUUUCUACAUCACCAAAUAUUGUAACAUCAGAACCUACAGAUUUUACUUUACCGCCUAUUUCUACAUCAUCCGAUAUUGUAACAAGCACUGAGUCUCAUGAGACAUCUGAAUCGUCAUCUUUGUCACCAAUUUCUACAUCUUCUAAUAUUGUAACAUCUGAAUCGACUGCGUAUACUUUGCCACCAAUUUCUACUUCUUCUGAUAUUGUAACAAGCUCUGAAUCUUAUCAGACAUCUGAAUCAAGUUCAUUACCGCCAAUUUCUACAUCAUCAAAUAUUGCAACAUCAGAAGCUACAGAUUUUACUUUACCGCCUAUUUCUACAUCAUCCGAUAUUGUAACAAGCACUGAAUCUCAUGAGACAUCUGAAUCCUCAUCUUUGUCACCAAUUUCUACAUCUUCUAAUAUUGUAACAUCUGAAUCGACUGCGUAUACUUUGCCACCAAUUUCUACUUCUUCUGAUAUUGUAACAAGCACUGAAUCUCAUGAGACAUCUGAAUCGUCAUCUUUGUCACCAAUUUCUACAUCUUCUAAUAUUCUAACAUCAGAAUCGACUGAUUUUACUUUACUGCCAAUUUCUACGUCAUCCGAUAUCGUAGCAAGUACUGAAUCUGUUGUAACUUCUGAACCAACAAUUUUCACUUUAAACCCGAUUUCAACAUCUUCUGAUAUUAUAACAAGUUCUGAAUCUCAUGAAACAUCCGUGUCGUCGUCUUUGUCACCAAUUUCUACAUCUUCAAAUAUUGUAACUAGUACUGAAUCUCUUGUAACAUCUGAAUCAACAGAUUUUACUUUAACACCGAUUUCGACUUCUGAUAUUGUAACAAGUACCGGAUCCGAAAAUACUUCUGAAUCUUAUUCUAGUACUUCCUGGUACCCUAGUAGUUUCUCCAGCUCCACAGCAACACCUACCGUAAAGCCAAGUUCUUCCAUCACUAAUCCUUGGGACACUCUCCCACCUUUCACAUCUGUUACAGCAAAUACUGGCAAUGACAUAAGUACUGCCAUACCUAGUUCUACAAUGACCAUCUUACCUUCAACAAGAACCUCUGUAACAUACAGCGAUGAAACAAGCUCUUCGUCAAGUACAUGGGAAACUUCUCCUUAUUCUCAAUCAACCGAAACAACGAGUAACGUAACUGUCUCGGAAUCAACAACUUAUCCAAGUACUUCGUCUAAUUCAUCUCCAACAACAAUAACAUCGAGUUCAACUGAACCUAUUUAUUCAGAAACAACAUCUUAUCCCACCAUCCCUUCGAGUACGUUUAGUAGCCCUGAAACUACGCAAUCUAAUUAUCCAACGAUUCCCACAUCAAACUCGUACCACACCACGAUAUCAGACGACACAUCUAGCAGUGAAACAUUUCCCGAUAGUUCGGUAUAUUCUACGUAUUCUACAAGCAAUGUAUACGAAACUACAACUAUGACAUCAGAAACUGACGUUAUAACCUCUACAACUUAUCCUACAUCAUUAAAACCAAGUUCUGCUUCAACAGUCACGUCUUAUAUUACCUCUUCAACGAUAAUUCCUACAGAAUUCACUUCAGGAAGCUCAAUAUCUACAAUAAUACCUACUGAAUCGACGCCAGUAUCUGACUCGAGCAACCUAACAACUACUUAUCCAUUCACAUUUACUUCAGAAUCAAUCAACACUGAAACAUCUACCGAAAUGAGUAACAUUACCGUAACUUCAAAUACUGACACAACAUACACUGAGACAGAAUUUAUAACGACUUCUGAUAUAAGCUCUAUACCACCAAUCACAUCUACUUUUGCACCAAUCACAACACAAGAACCAACAGAUUUUACACCACCAACAACUGAACCCACCCCAGGAGGUACUCCUUUACCACCAAUAACUAUCUUAACAUCAGAAACAACAGCGUAUCCUCUCCCUCCUAUUUCUACUAGCAAAGUCUCAACUCUCCCCCCACAAACAACAACUAUAGCUCCACCAACAACAACCUUCCAACCUUGUCAUCCAUACAGAUAUUACACAAUAGCCAAUCCAGAAAACACAAGAACAUUUUAUUACUGCGUUUAUGGUACAAAAUAUCUAUUCUGGUGUCCAUAUAAUUAUGAAUUCGAUCCCAUAAAACACAUAUGCACCCAACCAGAGGACUGUGCUUGUAAACAUACAAACACGAACAAUUAACUUCUACAUAUGGACAUAUUUUCAUAGAUAAUAUGAACAAUGUUGGCCAAUUUAGUCGUCUUUUUGAAUA